CUUCAAAAUCGCUUCAUUCCCAUUUAUUUAUUUUUAUUAUUUUAAUUGUCAUUUGCGCUUGCUGUUCAUUUCGCUCGCAGGCCCAGCCAAAUUUUACACACCCAGCCAAAUAUUACACAGAAUCUAUAUGGAUUCGCAGACAAACAGCAAACAACAAAUGAGUACCCCCACUCUUAUCGGACUCGGCGUGGUCGGCGCAGCAGUCUGCGGGAUCGCACUAAAGACAUUGUCCCGCGGAAAGGCGUCCAGGCCAGUGCUCAAGGGAGUCACCACAGUGCCCAAGCACUUUUUGAAAGGCGGAUUUGAUUCCAAGAUGAGCAAGCGCGAGGCAUCGCUAAUCCUGGGCCUCAAGGAGAGCUCGCUGACAUUGGAGAGAGUCAAGAAGGCGCACCGCACAAUCAUGCUGAGCAACCACCCUGAUCGCGGAGGCUCACCGUAUCUGGCGACAAAGGUCAAUGAGGCCAAGGAGUUCCUUGAGACAAAGGCGCGUAUCCGGUAGUCGCGCGGUUGUACUUUUUUGGUCUCUAUUAUUUUUGUUUUCCCGGCCAGUAUCGUUUGCUGAAUUGCGCGUGUACUUCAGUAGACGGGGCUGGUUGACACAAUAAAAACGUUUUUUGUUUCCUGUGA